GGCGCGGGGGGGGCGCGUCUUGCUUCCCGGGGAAGUGCGAGUCGGCGGAGCGAUCCGGCGCGCUGCCUGUGGCCGGAGGGGAGGACGAGGAGGAGGGCUCGCCAGCCGGAGGAAAAGCCCCGGAGGAGCAUGGAGGCGGCGCCCCGGGGAGGCGGCCGGCCGGCCGGGCGCGGGCGAUGGCGAGCGCCGCUGACCGCCCAGCCUUAUUAUUAGCCCGGCAAGGCGGCCGCCUCCAGGAUGAGCGGCAGCGGCGGCGGAGGAGGAGGCGGCGGCGAAGUGGUUUGCUCCGGCUGGCUCCGCAAAUCCCCGCCGGAGAAGAAGUUAAGGAGAUACGCCUGGAAGAAACGAUGGUUUAUCCUUCGCAGCGGCCGGAUGAGCGGCGAUCCUGACGUCCUGGAGUACUACAAAAACAAUCACUCCAAGAAGCCUCUGCGCGUGAUCAACCUCAGCUUUUGUGAACAGGUGGACGCCGGGUUGACCUUCAACAAGAAGGAGCUGCAGGACAGUUUCGUCUUUGACAUCAAGACCAGCGAGAGGACUUUCUACCUGGUGGCCGAAACGGAGGACGAAAUGAACAAAUGGGUGAGGAGCAUCUGCCAAAUCUGCGGGUUCAACCAGUCUGAAGACCAUUCAGGAUAUGGCAGCAUCCGAGUACCAACAGUCGCCUAG